AUGGCAGGCGUCGAGGUUGUGGAUUUGACGCUUUCGGACGACGAGGAGGAUGUCGCCGUAGGUAACAGGGAUGAGGAGGUGGUUGAGGUGGUUGUGAAUAGGGAGGUGCGCGGAGCGGGACCGGCAAACCGCGCAGACGACGACGAAGAUGAAGUCGUGGUGACGGGUGCGAUACUUGGCACCCCCUUUCCCUUCCUUCGCCGCGAUGCGUCGACAUCUGACGCGCGCGUUCGCGUCAAAGGCGCUCCGCUCCGAUACGAAAGCGUCCUCGGACCAUUUCGAUCGGGUGAACCGGGCACAACGCGCGACGAUUUCCUCGCCCACGCGCCCCUGAAACCUUCAGAUCUGACGCAUCUUGUCAACCUAUUUUUCACCCCGCCCCGCGUACAGGAAUGGUCGGAGACGACGCCUUGGUCGACUUCCCCCACCCACGUCACGCUUGCGCCGUGUUCAAGUUCGACUCUACGCGACACACGCAGCACUGCCCGAACUGCUGGUGCGUCCCCUGCCCGCGAUGCUUCCUUCUCGGACGAGUCAAAUAAGAACCCCUCCGCUUUCCCCAAGGGGGCGCCGUGCGCGGAUUGGGUCAUUCACUGCGAUGCCAAGGCGGGUGUUGCCAGGUGGGAUCAAAUGCGCACCCGCAUCCAGUUGACAAAGGCGCAGGCUGCUCGGCCCGCGGCGCGGCCCGGACCUGCUCCCCCGGCGUCCCCGGCCGCGCGAGCUCUGCAGGCGGCGGAGGCUCGUGCGCGCAUGGAAGAAAUGACACGUAAUGCGGCACCGCACCUCGGCGAGGACCGAGGGGUCCUCCUCCGUGAGCCCCCGCUGUACGAGCGCAUGCCCGACCCCGCGACGCUUCCCGGUCUGCAGGAAAUCGGUUUGUUGAAGCUUCCCGUGUACGUCAACACCAAGGACGGGAUGAACGCGGCCCGACUCGAUGCAGAGUUUGACGACGCGCGCUUCGGGGUCCGGUUCAGGGACUCAGAGACGAGGAGGAAGGUCGCGACAAACCAAAACCCCCGAGUAGAGCCGCGGCACGCGAGGACCAAUCUGUACUCUCUGUUUGGCGAAAAGGCUGGUCACGCCGCGACAAGAGGAAGCCAGGCCCCCUCGCGGCUGAAAAUGCGGGAUAUGUUCCGUCCCGGGGAAGAACCCAAACGCAAACAAAUUCCCAUUCGCGUCGUCGUGAUUGACUCUGCCGGUAUGAAUCCUCCCGUGGACGUCGCCGUCCUUGUCGGCCGCAACGAUCUCGUGAGCAACCUGGUGCAGGGCAUCCGCACGAAGCUUGCAAUUCCCGUCAAGGAGAAGAUUGUGCUGGCCAGCGUGCAGUUCAAGCACUACGACGAGAAGAGGCAAGGCAAACCCGGGGCUCUGUUCCAAGGCUGCUCCAAAGUGAACGUGCUCUAUACCUGCGCGACGGAUAAGGAUGGCAAGGUGUUGGCGGAUGCCAACCGUGUAGACGCGGGCAGGAAUCCGGAUCCUGCGCUGCCCUUUGACAAACGUGCGGUGCAGGGUGUCAUCGGGUUCAGCCGAGAGGUGCCGCCGGAUUCGCCCGUGAACCUGGAUGCGCUCGCGCGCGAUUACGUCGAGAAUAAGAGCUCCAACGCGAAGGCCGCGAAGCUGAAUGAUCCCGUGCAGCCCGACGACGUGCUGGUGGCUUAUCGCCUUCCGGAGAACACAGCGGAUGUCGUUAUCGUUUACCCUUGCUACCACGACGACAUCACGAAGGUCAAGGCUGAGGCAGAGGAGGCGAAGAAGAGGAAGCUGGAGACGCAGAAGAGGGUGGAAAAGAUCAAGCAGGCGAGGAAGGAGGCGAGGAGGGCUGUGGUUGACCCGUACGACUCGGAGUAUGACUCGGAUAACCCGUACUAUGACUCCUCCGACGAGGACAUGGAACACGAUCUGAACGCGUUUGCAGAUGAAAAGAAAACGUGGAUCAAGCCCUUCUCGUUUCCGCUCAUCAUGCCCGUGCCCAAGGACGGCGUCCGCGACGUCACCAACAUUCCCAGGGAGAACAUCUUCAAUCCCCCAAAGGAGAUUGAAGUUGGCGGCGAGGUGCCGGCGGCCGCGCUUGUAUCCACCCUGAAGAACAUCAUCUCGCACUGCAUCAAGGAUGGCUCCGACAAACCCGAGAACGCGCAGGCGAAGGGUAAACGCAAGGCCCCGGUCGACUCCAUAAACCUACCCGAGCCUCUACUGCUUCACACCGGGCAAGAUUACCAAAACCCCAUCAGGCAAGUGGAAUGCUCUGCGUUUGAGGAACUCUACGCUGGCAACAAGCUCAGCACAUUUGCCAACCUCAACUACAAGCACCACCACCGUAAGUUUGACCCGAAGAACACCCGGUUCAACUACGGCGUACAUGCCUUUAACAACUCGGGCUUCCGUAUGCACCAGAUCAUCGCAGUGUACAAUCAUGGCGCGCUGAGCACAUCGGCUAAGAAGGCGUUCACGGCGCCUCUUGAUAUCUUCAGAGCUGGUGCUGUUCGCCACCAGACUGCUGAGGAGGACGAGAAGGAUCUGCCCAACCUGUACAGGCGCCAGUGUGCGGAGCACGCAGCGGCGGCACGCGCGGAGAGGAUUCUCCUCGAGCUAAAGUGCGCGAGCUUCGCUUGCUUUGAUGAAUUGCCGCGGCCGCAUAACCCCCGUGGAAGUGGUUACCCUAACCCCCCCAGGAAGUGGAGGGCCAGACAGCCCCUCAUUCGCUUGGCGGCUUUCAUCAAGGAGAAGGUAUCAUCGAAGGUCAAUGCCGCCUGGCAGAAGGCGACUCUGGAGAUCAAGAUCUACAUCAAGGACCCUCGCGUCCCUGCUCCUGCAGUCGACGCAAUGGGCCACACAUGCAAGGAUUUUGUGUCCAGGAACAACAUGAACAACAACAUUUUCUACGAGUGCGGCAACCACCGCGAGGAUUACUACAGUCGUCCAUCGUACGAGAAAAACAACAGCACUCUUCAGACCAUUCCCGGUUCGGUCAUGUACGAGUCCAUCUCGUGGAUGUUGUGGGACGCGGACAUGAUGGCACACUACGACAUGAUUUGUCGCAUGCACCGGAACGUGAGCGACGUGAGGAGCAUCCCCACAUUCAUGAAGCGUCUUGAGAUGCCCGUGGGCAAGGCGGCAAAGCAGCCCGCCGGUUUGACGUGCGACAUGCGCGACUACCAGCUUCAGUCUCUUCAGCGCAUGAUCGACCUCGAGGGUAAGCCGGGGGGUCUCCGUGACGUGAUGUGGAAGCCCAUCCCUGCAUUACCGACCAUCCUGUUCUCGCCUAUGUUCCGCAUGACAAUGCUUAAUAGCGAGGUGCCCGUGAUGCCCAAGGGCGGCUUCAUCUGCGAGGAGAUGGGACUCGGCAAGACGAUCGAGGUUCUAGGUCUGGUGCUGGCCAACCCCGCUCCCAAGGACUGGCUGAAGAACGGAGACCCCGAAGGGACGGUUUGCAGGUCACCCAGCGAGGGCUUGGGCAUGAGGGCCGAGACGAACAGCUCGGGCCAGGCGAUGGAUGCGAGACUGGCAACAAAGUAUCGCUCCACCGCCACGCUGGUGGUGUGCGCUGUCAGCCUUGUCGGCCAGUGGAUCGACGAGGCCCGAUCCAAGCUGGACGGUAACAACACUCUGCGCAUCCACAUGUACCACGGCCAGAAGCGGAUCAGGGACCCCAAGAAGCUCGCGGAGGACUUUGAUCUGAUUGUCACCACGUACCAGACGCUCGCGUCGGACCGCGGCAAGCAGAACAUCAACCACCCGCUCAACCAGAUCGAAUGGUACAGAAUCGUGCUGGACGAGGCGCACAUGGCCAAGUCAGCGGCCACGUCGCAGUCUAAGGCAUGCUUCGAGCUCAGGUCGGCGCGAAGGUGGGCGUGCACCGGGACCCCCAUGGGCACAGACGUGUUGGACCUUCACGGUCAGAUCAAAUUCCUUGGCUUGCACCCGGCGCUGAACAAGCCCGUGUUUGAGAACUGGUUCCGCGGACCCCUGCACAAGAGCGGAAGGCACCACGCGUCGCGCACAGCGUUUCUGCCCCUCGCCCUCCUGGGCUCUAUCAUGAUUCGCCACACCAAGAACCAGCAGAUUGCGGGUAGGAAGAUCCUUGAGCUGCCCCCCAAGCACGAGGCGACGGUCGAGGUGGUCCUCGGACCUCAGGAGCGCGCUAAGUACGACGAACUUCACGCCAGGGCCAAGGAGAACUUCCAGCGCAACUUCGCCGCGCGCGGCGACGCGUUCAUCAGCUCCAAGAUUUUGUCCAUCAUGAGCCUCCUGCUGCCGCUCCGCAGGCUGUGCUCCGGCGGUCACCUCACGCAGGAGGACCUCGAGGUGGACCUCACCAGACAGAGGGCGGCGGCGGCAGCGGCGGAGAACAGGCGGAGGAACGCCGCCGCCGCCGCCGAAGCUGCCCAGGACGUCAAGCCCAACCUCGGCGGCGCCGGCGCGGACGUGAAACCCGACCCGGGCGUCGCCGCGGGAGGACCCGCGGCUCCCGUUCUGGAUGCCAAGCCCGUGGUGCCCGCGCCCUUGGACGGGGUCGACAAGGAAUGCAGCGUCUGCAAGGAUAUCUGCGACGGGCCCCUGAGGACCGGAUGCGGCCACUUCUUCUGCACGGACUGCCUGCUGGAUGUCACCGCCAACACCGGGCUCAACGCAAACGGAGGCGGCAGAGGCGGCAGAGGCGGUCGCGGCGGCCGCGGCCGCGGGAGGGGUGCCGGUGAUGGCGAGGGCAGCAACCGAUGCGCUUGCCCCGCGCUGGGGUGCCGCGCGACGAUUGACGUCCAGCAUAUCCGCGAGGAGCGAAGGAGGACUGAGGAGCCUCGUGCCGGUCGCGGCGGUCGUGGCGGUCGCGGCGGUCGCGGCGGUCGCGGCGCUGCUGCUCCCGCCCCCGCCGCCGACGAGGCCGCCGAGCCGAUGGACGUCGAUGGCGGGGCUGCUGGGGAUGGCGCCAACGGUGACGUUGAGGAGGUUCGGGUGGUGCUGAACUCCGAAAGCAAGCUCCAGGCGUUGGUCACCGAGUUGCGCAAGAUGCGCGACGAGGACGGGUCAAACAAGGCGCUCAUCUUUUCGCAGUUCAACUCCACCCUCAGCUGGCUGCAGGAGCGCCUGCCCGAGGAGGGCUUUGGGUUCCGCACCAUCAGCGGCAGCAUGCCCCUCAAGCAGCGCGACCAAGCGAUCCAGGCGUUCCAGAAGGACCCACCGACCACCGUGUUUUUGCUCUCCAUGCGCUCGGGUGCCGUUGGAAUUAAUCUGACCUCGGCGACACACGUGUUCCUGGUUGAGCCAGCGUUCAACCCAGCGCUGACCGAACAGGCCAUCGGCCGCUCGUGGCGCAUGGGGCAGAGACGGGAGGUCCGCGUCAAACACCUCAUCGUCGCCAACUCGAUCGAGUCCAACAUUCGCAAGUUGCUCGCCGCAAGGGAGGAAACGAAGCCCGAAGACGAAGCGGCCGACGUGAUUGAGGCGGAGAAGCAGCGCGGCAUGACCAAGGGCGAACUCGCGGGACACCUCAAGGCGGAUAAGCAGAAACUCAAGGCGGCAGAAUUGAACAUGCUCUUCGAGCUGGCUGAAGAAGGCGCGCCGGUGCCGGCGGUCAAACCCGAGGGGAGAAACGCCGCCCGCUGA